CUUAAAAUGUUGCACCUUUUCACUCACUUUCUCUGCAAAAUUCAAGAAAAUUUCAGUCUGUUUUUCUCUGUGUCACAACAAGUACAAGAACACUCAUUAUUAACUAUGGCUAAAGCAACUUGCAUCCUUUUACUACUUUUGUCUCAUGUUUUAGUGGGGACAUUGGUGUUAGCAAAUGAACAGAAAACUUGGUGUGUGGCUAAACCUUCAUCAGAUUCAAAAACACUAGAAGAAAACAUAAACUAUGCAUGUUCACAAGUAGAUUGUAGGAUAUUGCAAAAGGGUUGUACUUGUUCUUCACCAGAUAAUCUUAUGAACCAUGCUUCUAUUGCUAUGAAUCUUUAUUACCAAGCCAAAGGAAGGAACCAUUGGAAUUGUCACUUUGGUAAUUCUGCUUUAAUUGUCUUGACAGAUCCAAGUUAUGGCAGCUGUAUUUAUGAGUGAAGGACAUGAUUAGGAUUUAGGAUAAUAAUUUGCAGCUAAAUGAGGAGGCCAUUUUCACUUAUUAUUACAAAAAAUAAAUUUUUGGUCAAUAUAAUAUAUAGUCCUUUGUAAAAUAAACCUUUUAAUAUUAGUAAUAUAAAAGAUCUUGUACUUUCUA